UUGGUUCUUGACCACCAUGGUGGGUUUUAUCUACAAGCCCACCUCUGCAGAAUUUGAAGAAGAGAAAGAACUCAAUACUCGACCUUCAGAGCUUGAGAAAGCAAACCACUCACUUGACCUCUUACUUGCAGAAGUCGAAGACUUCCAUCUCCCUUUGGAUUUUGUUGAUUCAUUUCUUGAUUUUGGCUCAAUAAAGAAUGGGAUGGAAGAAAACCCAGAGCCGUAUAGCGGUAUAAAUGGCUUAAAGGCAGAACCAGAGAGGGUUGGUUCAGAGAAGGUUGAAUCAGUGGUUGUUGACAGCGGUACUGAAUUGGUUCAACUUGGUUUUAGCGAGGAAAUUAAAGUGGAAGAUUCAAUUGUACAUGGGUCUGAAAAGUUGGGGAAUUUGGGCUGCUUGACUCCAGACCCGGACGAUUCUAGUUUACGGAUGGCUGGAAUUGGAUUUUUUGAGAGUGGGAUUGAAGUUGGUAAAGAUCAUGUUUGUAAGGAAAUAAAAGUUGAGAACCCAGUUGGAGGUGAGUUUGGAAUGUUGGGGAGUUUCGGUUGUUUGAUUGAGGAAGAGAUGGAGAGGGUUAGUUUAAAUGGGGUGUCAAAUAGUCCAGCUUCGGUUGUUGAUUCAUUUGGCGCAAAGACUGGUCAAAUAUCAAGUGUUCAUGGUAAGGGUGUUAUUGGGAAUGAUGUGAAGAGUGGUGAAGUAGUGAGUGUUGAUAGGGAUGUUGCCAGGAGUGGUGGUGUACGGAGCAUUGACGGGAGUGGUUUGAAGGGUAGGGAAAUAGAGAGUGAUGAAGAUGAGAGUGAUAGUGAAUCGGAUUCUGAGAGUGCGAGUUCGUCUUCAUCUUUGUCAUCAUCGACCACAUCUUCUAGCAGUGAAGAUGAUGAUGCCGAUGAAGAGGAGGAGGAGGAGGAAGGAGAAGAAGAAAAAGAAGAGGAAGGGAAGGGAGAGGUGAACAUGGAAGAGGGCGAGAUAAGGGAUUCUGAUGCACAUAAGAUGGAUGCUUGGAGUGAUGAUGGUGAUGAUGAAGAGGAUGGUAGUCGCAGCAGUGCUCUUCAAGGACCGAUUAAGUCCAAGAAUGAACUUGGGGAUCUCCCUGCAGUUCCUCCAGUGAAUAUCACCUUACAGCCAUAUCAUCAGACUCUUCCCGUUGGAGUUGUUCUGUCGAUCAUGGGUGCCCAAGUCAUUGUAGAGGGGAUGGAGAAGCACGACCCUCUUAAUGAGGGUUCUAUUCUUUGGAUUACAGAAAGCAGAUCCCCACUAGGGCUAGUAGAUGAAAUCUUUGGACCUGUCAAGAAUCCUUACUACAUGAUAAGAUACAAUUCAGACAGUGAGGUGCCUGCUGGGAUCCAACAAGGAACUUUGAUCUCAUUUGUUCCAGAAUUUGCAAAUCAUGUCCUCAAUGACCUCAAUCUUUACAAGAAGGGAUAUGAUGCAUCCGGUGAAAAUGAUGAAGAGGUGUUUGAUGAGGUUGAAUUUUCAGAUGAUGAGAAGGAGGCUGAAUACAAAAGGAUGCUAAAAAUGACAAAAAGAGGAACGAAUGACCAGAAAUCUGGAAACAGGACAAAGGAUAAGAAGAAGUUUAAAAACCGUGGUGGUAACUGGAAAAAUGAUCAAAUUUCAAUGACAGAGGCACCAGCAGGUGUGGGUCAGCCAUUGACUGAUCAGAACCAGCUUUUCAUCCCGCCUGUCUCUGCAUUACUGGGUCAGGACAAUUGUCUGCGCUCCUCUGAAUCAGUCCAAAGUUUUGCUGGUGGGUCUAGCUUCCUUCCAACAUUUCCACAGGUUUCACAGGCCCCUGGUUUGAAUGCACCUUCUAAUGGAGUGUGGGCAAAUACAAUCUCAUGUCAGCAGCCACGGAAUAUGAGAUUUCCUAGUAGCUUUUCAACAAAUGGUAUGGCGUGGCAACAACAGAAUCAUCCUCAUCAAUGCCAGAUGCUUUUGCCUAAUGUGGCACCAUUUCAGCAGGAUAAUAGUCAUAUGUUGCCUUCUAAUUUUGUUUUACCAGGUGGGCAAACAAAUUUUGUCAGGGCACCACCAUUCUCCCCUUGGCCAGCAAGCUUGGGUCAACAUGGCUUCAACCAACCACCAUCUGGCGUGGGUUUGACAGGUCGACAUGCUUUCCAACCCAUUAAUGUGGGAGCAAAAGUUCCAUAUAAUGGCUCACAAAUUCAACACAAUUAUGAUUUGCAGCCAUCAUCUUUUAUAUCCGGCAACAAUGAAACUUCUCAGGGAUUUAGUCAGGGUGUUAAUUCCUGUUGUGGCAGGAAACCAAACCGCAGGGGUUGUGGUCGUUUCGGCAGUGGGAGAGGCAGGUAGCACUCCUCAUAAAGCUCUUGUUAUGUUCGGCUUGCUAACUUAAAUUUUGGAUUUUACUCGCAGCAUAGCUGUGCAUAAACUUGUGAUAUCCUCUGAGCAGGGCCUUGCUAAAUUGGCUUCUUUAUGCUUGUACUUCUUAAAGGUGUACAGUCGGCAGUGUUGUGCAUAAAGCUUAUCGUGUCGUUAUGUAACAAA